AUGGCGCGGAUCGUUGCGUUUGUGCCGUGCAAAGGUACAUCGAGUCGCGUAGAGAGCAAGAACACGAAACUGCUGGAUUCCAAACCACUCUUCCUGCACACUUUGGAAAAGUUGCUCUUCGAGUGUCCUUUUAUUGACAAAGUUGUCUUGGACUCUGAGUCCGAUGAUGUUUUCAAGGUGGCGGAAUUUCUUGCGAGCGAUAAUCCAAAGUUAGUUUUCCUAAAGCGGGACGAGGCGUUGGCCACGAACAAGACGGACGGUAACACUCUGUUCAUGAACGAAGUUGAGCGAUUCGAUGCCGAAAUCUAUGUGCAGGCGCUGUGCACAAGCCCGUUCAUACAUCCAGAAACGAUUAAGAAAGGUGUCGAGAGCGUGAUGUCCGGUGUUUAUGACUCCGCGUGCACUGUUCGCGAUGAUAAACUGUAUACGUGGACAAAGGCAGGGCCGAGCUAUGAUAUCCAAAAUAUUCCCAACUCAGUUGAUUUGCCAACGACUACCGUGGAGACCAUGGGGCUGUACAACAUUACGAGAGAUGCGGCGAAGCUGACUCGGCGAAGGAUAGGGAACAAACCACACAUGCUGCAUGUUACGCCAGAAGAAGCAGUUGAUAUCAACUACGAAGUUGACUUCGCUCUUGCA